AUGAAAGCUACAAAGCCUCAGUUUGAGCUGAUGGACAGCUCAACCGAAGACCUGAGCAUGUCCAAGCGGUUGAGCAAGCAGAGUGAGGAUUCCAGUCAAAGCAGCGGAUUGUUUAACGCCGGACUUGAGUCAGAUAGCAAGCAUAGUCGUGAUAGCAGCGCUAGCAGGGAGAGUAGAGACAAUAACGACUACGGAACUGUUCUCCGUCCGGUCACUUUCAAUACCGCUAAACCUUCAAUUAAUGUAGCGGACUUUUCGGAUAUGGCGCCAGCGGUGCCCAAGCCUGAUGUAAAGGCUCCUCUGGAGCUGCGCACGCCUAUGCAGAUGGCGCUCAGUUCGGUUUUCGGGAGAAUCGAUCGUGAGCAGUUUGAGAAAUAUCUUAAGGAACCGGAGUACGUCCGAGUGUACAAAAAACAGCCCAAGAUCAAACAAUUCCGACGCCUGUUCCUUGCGCAAGAGCUGAAGAUUGACGGUGGCGCCGAUCUGACUUCAAGCUCAAGCAACACACUCAGUAGCCUCGCGGAAAGCAACUCACGUGCCAUCUGGGCCACCAAGUUCAGCCGCGAUGGAAAGUUCAUGGCGACGGGCGGUAAGGACUGCACCCUGCGUGUUUGGAAAGUGAUCUCUUCACCACUAGAGAGAAACGAUUUGCAAGCGUCUACGGUGAAAGGACAGGCCACAAGAAUUACAGCUCGGAAGCCAGUAACCAACAGCAGUUGCCGCUCCUCAAAUGACGCCGAAUCUGCUGUGCCUCAGUAUAUGAGUCUAUAUGCACCUGUUUUCCAUCCACUGCCGUAUCGUACAUUUCAAGAGCACACUCAAGAUAUAUUAGAUCUCGAUUGGUCUAAAAACGGAUUCCUGUUGACCACUUCAAUGGACAAAACCGCACGGCUAUGGCACUGUGACCGCCCAAAGGCGCUCAAGACAUUCACUCACCCAGACUUUGUAACAUGUGCCAAGUUCCACCCCAAUGACGAUAGGUUUUUCAUAAGCGGGUGUUUGGAUCAUACAUGCAGAUUGUGGUCUAUUUUAGAUCAUAAAGUGUCCUUUGAAUAUUACUGUGGCGACAUUAUUACAGCUAUCGAUACUUCUCUCACCGAUGGCAAAUACACGGCCAUUGGUACCUUCAAUGGUCAUAUUUCGAUUCUUUACACCAAGGGACUGGAGCUUAUCUCCACAUUUCACAUACUCGAGAAAGCCAAGGAGCACGGGAAGAAGAUCCCUGAAAGCGGUCCAAAGAUUACUGGGAUAGAAUUCUUCAAAUCUGAACCGGAAAACGAUUUAAGAGUAAUGAUAACAUCUAAUGAUUCGAGGGUACGCAUAUUUAGCAUCAAGGGCCGCAGAUUGCUAGAGGUCCUCCGCGGUUUUGAGAACGCACACUCUCAAAUUAGUGCCCAUUUACUCACUGUUCCCAACAAGAAGAAAACACUUGUUAUAGCACCGAGCGAAAAUCAGUGGGUUUACUGUUGGAGACUUGAGUCUAGCAUUCCCACUCCAACAUCAGUAGACACCGCUGAAGGUGAAGAGCAUCACCACAGAGGCUCACUACGAGGCCUUCUCCGGAGGAGUCUAAGCAUAGGCAGUAGCCACUCUUCCGACUCGAAACGCGGGAAGAACGCAGGUCAAAAUGGGAAUUCACCACCUUCUUCAAAGUUCAAAAGCGACCAGGCCAUCAAAAAUUCCCAUUACGUCGCAUUUCAUGCGCAUCACCACACGGUGACGACCUUGGCUGUGGGACCUGUAAAUACUGCAAAGACACUGGCCUUGUCAGACGACCUAAUCUGUGAGCUCACUAUGGCCCUCAGUGAGACGGAAGACGACAUCACGAUAAUGCGAGAGCAAUCAGUCAAACCUCUAGUUCCCUCUAAAAAGCAGCGCCAAAAGGCCAAUGAGUUGAUGGAACGCAAGUUUCCGUCCAUGAUAGAAGCCAUUGGUAGCAUCGUGGUAUCGACUGACAGCUCGGGCGUGAUCCGAGUUUUCCGCUCGGACAUAUCUACCAAUGUAAGAAAGAAAGUACUAAAAUGCUCUGCUAAGCAUUUCCGGUCCACAAACCCCGAUCAAGACAGCGAACCUCAAAACCAUGGGGGGUUGCUAGGGUCUACGAUGAAGGUUGCACACUCUACGCUGGCGAAGUCGAGACAACUUGGUAGCUCUACGUCCAUUCGGUCUCUGAGGAGCCUCUCGCCGGGGAGCGAGAGAGCAAGUGACCCAACGGCCAAUUCCAAAUAA